CCCCGCUCCCGGCCUUUAUAAGUAGCCGCACGGACCUCACGCCCUCACUCCCUCGCGCCGCUCCUCCCAGUGUCCAGCCUUCAGGAACUCGUUCGCUCCGGUCGAAGGCCAUGCUGGGCUUGGCACUGCUGUCGUUCUGCGCCGUCGGGUGGGCGGCCGCCGCGCCCCACGACGAGGAUCUGCGCGCCAGCGUCGUCUUCAACCAGCUGGCGAUCGCCCAGGUGCUCGAGAACCUCGGCAACAUCUCUAGUGGCGACGCCGCAGUGACGACGCAGCUGGCGCACUUAUCCCAGAGCCAGAAGGCGCAAAUGCAGCAGAUCAGCGACGGUAAGCAAACUCGACGUAUUAUUCAACGACUAGGUAAAAUAUUGGACGAGUUAAUGCUGCGAAUUCUAUCGAAAGUAUCCGACCUAUGUACUUUCAUGCCAAGUGAGUUAGUGGAAAAAGUUAAAGCACAAGAGAACGAAAUGCUAGAACUGUUGCAAAGGAAAAACCAAACUGCAGCUGUCAUUCGACAGCUUGAGGAGCAGAGUCUGCAACUUCAAAAUGAGGUCGACCUCAAACUUCAAGAGAGUCAGCAAAAGGAGGACUUAAUUGCACAACUUGACGCCAGCAUUCAGAAAGUGAAAGAUGAAAACCUGCAGCUUUUGGCCAAAGGCAAUGGCAUAGAAGCAGAAGAGGCCUCCCUUCAAGAAAAGAUACAGGCACUGAAAGACCAAGUGACGGGGAGGAAAACAAUGUACAGUCAGAAACAGGCAACCAAGACCCAGCUAGAUCAACAGCUCGCAGAGUUAGAGAGUAAUGAGAACGAAAUCCGACAGGAAUUGGCCCAACUGGACGAGGAAAUCAGGCAGCUUCAGCAGAAGAAGACGGAAGUCGAGGGAGAACAUGAAGCUCAGCUAGAAACGAACACAAACUUGAAGGAAACUAAAGAGAAUGGCCUGACAACGAGUGGUAGUCUCCAGGCAGCAGUUGAGGAGUUGAAUGGGAGAGCCAGAAAUCUAGAAAGCCAGAAUGAAUCACUGAAAAGACAAAAGAAGUCAGCCGAAGAUGAGCUGGGAAGACUUAGAAAGCAUUUUCUACUCCCAACAGAAAUCCGUAGCUGCACAAACAUCAGCGAAGCUUUGCAGGCAAGGACAAAACUCAACGAGAACCAAAUCCGGGAACAGAAAGAAGCGAACGCCCAGCUGGAGGCAAAACGCAGGGAGAUGGAGGAGAGAAUCAGCCAGACAAGGAUCACCAAGCAACAGGUGCAAGAACAGUUCCUUCGACUGCAGUCAGAGGAGCUACAACGGAAACAGGAGGAAGUGCAGGUCAAGACGGAGAACCUCGAAGCCAAAUCCAGACUUCAAAGAAUAGAAGGAGAGAAAAUCCAAAUGAGAAACGAAAUCGCGAAACUCGAGCAGGACCUUCAACUUGUCAAUGACCGAAUCCAACACACUGAAACAUUGAUUCCUUCCCUUAGACAAAAGAUUGAUUUGGUCACCAGUGCCUUAAUACAGACAAAAAACGAAAAGGUGGAUGUGAGAACCUCUAUAUCACAAAGUGUAAAUGAAAUUGAGGAAAUGAUUAAACGUGUCACUGCUGAAAAUAGCCAUCUACAGGAAGAGAUUGAACACAGCAAGGCAGAUGACCAGAGGAACACAGAAACAAAGACGCAGCUCGAACAAAAAAUAAAUGCACUGAACACCCAAAAAGCAGAACUGGGAAGAAACUUGGAACAAGUCAAAACACAAAAAAGUCAGGUUUCAAAAUCCAUUUCGAGUGUUCAGAAAGAAAUUAAAGACAUUGAAACGUAUUUCAGUGUUUCAGAACCGCGACUGCGUAAACAGUGUGGACCUUGAGGACUUUUUGGAUUCUGUUUCAGAUUUGAAUUAUACUUUGCAGUGUAUGAACAGGAACAAUAGCCAAUAAAAAUCUAUAAAUUAA